AAUGCGGUCUCAGGGCUAGGAGGGAAAUGUUCUUGGCGUCUCAUUCGCCCAGAAGGGAAUCGAUCAUGGGGCGCGCGGCAGCGACGUAGCAGUGAGCGACAAGCAGCAGCAGCGGUGGAGGACCCCGCCGGAGCUCUCUCCCUCGUGUGCGGCGCGCGAGAAAGGUGCAGAGGGCGCUGUGGCCAGGGCAGCCCCUCUUCAGCCCCCCCCCCUCCCCGUAUAACAGGCGAGCGGCCGUGGGCCGGCGGCACAGUCGUGCCCUGAGGCUUGAUCGGGUGGAGUUCGGUCGGCAUCGUGUGCUCCUACCAGUUUGUGUGUUCCCUCCCGUGUGCUACUGCUGCUGCGACUGCGUUUCGCGCCACCCCAUGGCGCCCCCGCGUGGGCCCUGAGUUGCGACACCCAUGAGUUCGUACCAGUUCGUCAACUCGCUGGCCUCCUGCUACGGCCAGCAGCGAGGCCAGGACACGGACUACUACACGCCGCAGGUGCAACCGUAUGCCGCCACCGGCUGCUACAGCGGCCCGGCGUCGCCCGUGCAGCCGUACGGCGGACCGUACAGCCAGCCGGCGGCGCACCUGCAGAACGGCGGCGCCGAGCACGGCUUUCCCGGCUGCGGCCAGCGGCUCCCCGGCGGCGCGGGACACCCGAGUCCGCGCACGCCCACGCCGUCCGCGGCCAGCUGCAAGUACGCGGCACCCGAGUCGACGGCCGCGUCGCCUCAAGACCUGAGCGCCUCGAGUACCCAGUCGCCGUCGAGCCCCGAGACGCGAGGCUCGUCGCCGUCGCCGGUACAGCCCGCGCAGGGUGCGCACAGCAGUCCGCCGAGGAGCGCGGCGGCCGCAGCGCAGGCCACGCCGACAGCUGGGAGCCAACCGCAGCAGCAACAACCGCAGCCGCAGCAGCAGCAGUCGUCGCAGCAGAAGCCCGCUUACCCCGCCAACCCGCCACAGAUCUACCCCUGGAUGCGAAAAGUCCACGUCGGCCAGAACGGCGUGAACGCCAUGGGUGAGACCAAGCGGCAGCGGACGUCGUACACGCGGUACCAGACGCUGGAACUCGAAAAGGAGUUCCACUUCAACCGCUACCUGACGCGGCGGCGGCGCAUCGAAAUCGCGCAUGCGCUCUGCCUCUCGGAGCGGCAGAUCAAGAUCUGGUUCCAGAACCGGCGCAUGAAGUGGAAGAAGGAGCACAAGAUGGCCAACACCAUUCCACCCCAGAUCCCGCAGGUGAUCCCCGACCACCAUCCGCACAUGCACAGCGAAACCAAGGCGUAGGCAGGGCAGUUGCUGCCGUUCUCAUAACAACCGUUUGUUUGCCCUCUCUUGUUUCUCCCGUUCGACAUGCCCGCAGAACAGACGAGAAAAAUGAAGGAAGGAGACGAGGGAAAGAAAAAAAAAUAACGCGAAGGGAAAGAAGAAAAGAUUGAAAGAAAAAAAAAAGUACAGUCGAUACCGCCUCGUUAUAGUUCGUUUGUUCAAGUUCGCUCGUUUUCUUAAGCUCUUCGUCUCUGUCGUGAAAGGCGUCUUAGAGUUCUUUCUUUCUUUUUUUUUCUUUUUCCCCCCCUUUCGUCGCUCCUCGAACUCGCAACUUCACGCGUGCGCGCGGUUACGAGACGCGCCUGUCAAACCGAUCCCUUUUCGACUGAUCUCCCGCAUGCUAGGCGGCAUUAAUUACAAUAACCCCGGCGAACUCACAUUCGAAAACGAAAACUGAAGCCUUCGUGCGAUCAGAGGAAUUUCACUUACACGCGAAUUCGGUGGCGAAACUCGACGCAGAAGCGUCAUUCCACCGUUAGUUCUGUUCCUAUGCUAACCGCAGCGUUUACCUUCCGUACAGCUGCCGUCGCCAACUUCAACUUACUCAGGGGAUCUGUCUAAUACACGCGCGCAAAGUGGUCGCGAGGUAGUUGCGUUCCACUGGCGCCUCCCAGAUGUAAACACACCAAUCCUAAGAAAUGUAAUUUCCCGGAUACUGCGACCUGCUUAAUGCGUGGUUCCUUUAUCAUCCAGCAAGAUGUUCUUGUAUCUCGAAAGAAUCUUGCUUUUAUUUGGCGCGCCAGGGCGACUACUGUCCUGAGCGUUAACUUGUCAAUUUAUUCCCGUCUAGUCCAAGGCCCAUGACAAACAAGAGAUCGUCGAAGUUCCGAAAUUUCAAAACAGGACUCAAAAACUAUUUUCUGUAUUUACAAUACAAUACUCAUUCCUACCUGGCGGUUUGCGACGUGCGGCUGUAUUUCCUCUGAUGCGCGCGCCGGCUUCUAUCGGAAAGCUCCCCCAAAACCUGUCCGUCAUAUGCCUUUGGAACCGAUGGCAACCCCCCUCCCCCUCCACCCUUGCUUGCUUUCGGCUGCCAUGUGCGUACAGAGCUUCUUCUUUUUCACUUCUCUCGGAGGAAACGUACCGUGACCAAACUUGAAAGAAAAAAAAAAAUAACCACAAGCAAAUGGCCCGAAAGAAACAAAAGAAAGAAAGAACCAUCCGCCGCCAUGCAUACACCGCCUCAGUGAAGCGAGCUCCGACGAACGCCAUCUGGUGCCGGUUCUUCAACUCUUUGCCCACCCAUAGCUAAAUUGCCGAGCGGUACACUUAAUUAUGUUGCUCCCCCACAAAAAAAGAGUUCACGCUAUUGGUGGAUUACGCUUCGGACUUGCAUUGUAACUCACGUUGUAAGGAAUGCAACCAAUUUAGCGAGUUCAGACGAGUAUCGAAAACGUGCCACGUAACAUACGUGUGGUGAAGCACACCCAGCCGGAGCCUUGCGUACCAGCACAAGGCUUCAGAAAUGCUAUUCUGCUGCUAUUAUCAUUUGAUAACGGCCAAAGCGUCAGACGGUCCGGUUUUGGAAAUCAAAUUUGUUCGGUGUUGUGCACUCUGCUAUUUGAACAGUGUAGGAGUAAUUUAAGGUAGACAUAUGUGCAGGCCCAAGAAACAUGAUAGCCGCAAUCUUUCGCUGAAUUUGAAUUGACAGUUGCGAUUGGCCUGCAUUUCAUCACCGGUCGAUAACCUGCCCAGAUGAGUUCGUCGCAGCUUCGCCCUUCCAAAAAAUAAAAAAAAACGAACUAACUGCCUUUUUAUAUCGGAGAUUACGCUUCGCAACCAAAACUAAAAAAAAAAAAAAAGAAACGAGCAGAACUGUUUAAAGGCAGCCCUGAUCCUCCUCACCGGAGGAAGGCAGCUAUCUCGUGCGGUGUGUCUAAGCAGUGAAGCUAACGUCUUUUCGGGAAACAAACAAACAAACAUGAGAAUAACAACGACUGUCUUAUCUACGCGCGUGGUGAUCGACAUAAUGGGCUAAGCAGAGCUCAGGCCGUGGAUCCUUACGAAAUUUAAAAGUCUAUACGACAAACUCACAUCGCGAAAAUCGCGCAAACAAGUCGUAUAACAAGAAGGGCAAAAAAGAAUGAAGAAAAGCAAACUGCCUGCCGUCAUUUGACUGACGGGCAUACCAGCAGUUUAUAACACAAAAGGGAUCCGGCCAAGGAAUAGCUUUCCCCAGGAGUGCAUGUCGCGGUCAUACGUGUGGUAUAUACAUACUACGACAAAAACAAGAGACAAAACAGCGACGACGAAAAAAGAAGAGAAAAGAAAGAGCACCAUACUCGGAAAACACGACCCGUGUGGCAGUGACUUCCGCAAGGCAAGAAACGUGACCGACGCUGCGCGCUCGAGCCAUUACGACUCGCGCCAACCAACCAGCGCACACUUCACCCAUUCCCAUCGUCUUGGUCCGAACGCCUUCCGAGGCGUGGAAACACCGUCGUAUAACUUCGAGGAAGCAGCGACUCGGAAAAGGCCUUCGCCGUGAACACGCCUCCAAGUAUACGAGGACUGGCUUUUACGAUGCGUACGGCCUCUCCCCGCCAGAUGAACGUCGCCUUGCGGUGUCUUCUUCUUCGGCGUGUCACCCAGGGAAGAGUCGUGUAUCGACAAGCACCCGGGACGCUCGCGCAAGCGAGUCACCAUCAACGACCACCACCCUCCUCCGUCACCCUUCCUCAUCCGAGUGAGUGAGUGAACUUUACGGUGAUGGAGACGAGGAGCAACGGGUUGCGUUCUUCUCGUUCGUCAGCGCUGUGUGCUGUGAAAAACACGUGCCCUGAAAACAGACUCUCAGGCAACGCCACGCACCUCGAGCCAAGUGUGUAUACGCUCUAAAAGCAACGGCGGCGCACGUCACCAACACUGGCCGACGGCACCCAAUUAAAAAAAAAAAAAAAAACCGUGUGUGACACCGCUGAAAACACACACAUACACACUGAAAAGAAGGAACAAAAAGAAAAGAUAUAUUUAUAUAUAAAGUAUGUAUGAUCUGUAAAGUAAAACGAGGGGGUAACCAGGGCAGUGAUAGAAAGGAUCCAAACAAACAAACAAAAACAAGAGAGAGAGCUAAAAGUUGUACCACACACUCGCGAAAACACACAAAACACACUCUCACACACACACACACACCGAAAGGAGGAACGACACACAAAACACACGCGAAGGACUGUGUGACCACGAACUGUUUUCCCCCUCUCCCUCUAUCGUCUCCAAUGCUGCAAUUGUUCAAGCGACGUCAUCGUUCGCCACUGCGUCCUCCAACCGCCGAGCUGCGCUGCUGAGGCGUCAAGCCGCAGCGGCAGCUCGCAGCGUUCGACAAUACACGGGCCAAGGCAAAGAGACAAGGAAAGAAAAGAAAGAAACUGUUCUCUCUCCCGGAUACGGAUUGACUUUUUGACGCGCUUUGGGUGAUGAUGCCUAUACACGGUGGACGCUAUGUGAGACGGUGCCUAAAUGUGUGUCGGUGUCUUUAGGCAUGCCACGCGAAAACAACCGGGAGCUGAAAGGUGAAGCUAGUGACGCAGGGCGAAAGAAAAGUGUCGUAUUAACGUGAGCGCACACUCAGGGGUCAGUACACGGCGGGCUCUGGAGUGGCUCACUGCUGAUGGGGAAAGGAAAAAGAAAGGUGGUUGGGAAAGAGAAGCCAAGGCAGAGGCAAAAAAAGUUGAAACUCAGUAAUUUAAGAAGAACGCGAGUGAAAGAGAUUUGAAGCUGACGAGAAGUGUGAAGUGUGCCCCCUUUGUUUUUUCGUUUCCUAUAGAUUUGCCCUCCUAGCCGAGCGUGUUAUGUUGAGGUCUCUGAUAGCUGUACAAUUGUUUUCCUGGAAGUGUUGUUGUGCGAAAAAGGUGUUGUGAAUGGUAUAAUGCUUCGUUUCUUCGUGACACGAGCGAACUGUUUUUGCUUGCUUCAUUUUUCGCACCGAUGGCUCAGUGCAUUUGUUUGGCCCCCUGCUGGCUAUGAGUGGAAUGUAUGGAGAGAUGAACCUGUGUUCACUGGCUGUUUAUUAUUAUUAUUUGUGGUCACCAGCGUGCUACUUUUCCUUGUCUCAGGUUUUUACGCCUACACCACUAACACUGGUGAAAUUAAGAAGGAAUGUACAAUAUUGAUUUUAUUUUUACAUUUUCACAUGUUACCUGGAGCAUUCGGUGAGAAACCCUAUACGCUUGUUUUGAGAAUGUGGUUGUGAAUUUCUUGUGUACAUAGGUUAUUUUACAUGAGUUUUUUUUUUCUUACCAUUUCAAAGAGUGUGAAUAUGUGCUGCUCAUUUACUGGUUGGUUCGUGUUUAUUUUAUUCUCUUUUUGAGGAGUGAACCGAUGAUGUGCUACAGAGUCAUGCCAAGAAGGAAACAAACAACUAUGGUAAAAGAAACCUGAUGAAACAGAUGUAUGUUCGGAGGCAAGCAAGAGAAUCGUGGUUCGUGCCAUAUUGUUCUCGAUUUGCUGAUCUCUCCUUAUAGUGCUAAUUUAUUGCGUUUGCAUUUAUACCGUGACAGAGGUUGGAAAACCGUUUUUGGCUUUUUGCUCACCGGUACACGGUUACCAUUAGAGUUUCGUCUCGCCUUGCAUAAAACAUGUCACGGCGUGCGAUUGGUCGCGCAGUGGACGCGUUGGAAUAAUAAACAGGGGUGAACGCAGGGGCCCGGGGGGCCAGCAAUUUAGGGUCGACCCCCGCGGAAAAUUGUAAGAAUGGUCGGUAAGUGCGAGCCCUCGCAAAGAAGUCUCAGUUCGCGUUCGCAUAGUGACAUUUCCCAUUCUAAUCGAACACGAUUAUUCGAAAACGUGUGACUUCGGAUGUCGAAUCGAAGACGGAGUACCUUUUUGUUGCUUACGUGGACGAGGAGUUAGUCCAGAAAUAUAUUGUUUAUGACCUUCAAUGCACGCAUUUCUAUACUCAAUUCAGCUGAGCAGCUUGCGGAUGAAAAAACAAAGUCAGAAUUCACAGCAGGUCCUGGUUGACCUGCAAUUGGCACUGUACAACGGCUGGUAGACUAAGUUCACAGGCCUUGUUACAUAAUAAUCACAUGUAUUCGUCCACAUUUGAAUAUUCGAAGAAGUCGAACAUCAUAUUCAAUCGAUUGCAAACAAACAUACUCGACUGACAUUCGAUCAUUUGAAUAUUCGCGCAUUUCUCAUUCAUUGAUUCGCAGGCACCUCCUCCAAAAGUGCACAGGGUCCGAAGAGCAGUUAAUUCGCUGGGAACGCUCUUUGCGCCCAACAAAAUGUUUACUGAGACGGCCAUGGGGCUCUGCCUGCCAAAUCUCGCCCAAGAGAGAGAUAUAGACAAAACACUCGUUCCCCACAGCUGAAGUCAUCCGCGCCCCGCCCGCUUCAAAAGUAGGCGGGGCCGCGAAGACGCCGCCCGACCGACCAAUCGCACGCCGACGCUUGUGUCCAUUUCACCGCUUUGCUUGUAUAGAAGCGCCAUUUGCAUGGCGAGUCCUCUCGACCCGAAUUAUUUGAAGAAGGAAAAAAAUCCGAAGUCAGUUUUUUCAGAUAUAUAUAUAAAUAUAUAUAUGUAUACACAAACAUUACUAUUUAUGUAGUGCUUUCCAUCCACGUUCAUUUUAGUGGGAGGCGUACGAGAACAGCGGCGCGAAGGCAGUCCUUUGUACAUCGUGGUGCUGAGGGUCGUCUUUUCACCUUUCUGGCCGAUCACGCCUUACAGAGGCGGCACACGCCUGUCUUCUGAAGUUUUGCCGUUUCCAAAGAUGAAGCUACAGCGAUGAACGGCUGUAGCCGAGCGCCGACGAACAUUUUUUAUGCAGCCUUUGCAGCGCUUAGCAUUUGGCGUACACAUAUGAUUAGAGUAUUUGAGUUGAAGAGUGCCGGUCAGCAAGUUACGACAUUGCUACAGCUUCUAUGUGCACCUUGUUGCGAACGCUGCCAAGGGCGCUUUGUAGUCACUGACUCUUCGGUUAGACUUCGAGUACUUGCUUCAAAAGCAUGCUUUGAAAGCCUGACAGGUUCACAACGUUUGUAAGCCUAAUGUGGUCACAAUUGACAAGUUCCUCGUGUUCUCAAAUGAAAAGACUCGACAUCAGGCCCGUAGCCAGGGGCCCGUAGCCAGGGGCCCGUAGCCAGGGGCCCGACCAACCCCCCCCCCCCCUCCGUAAUUUUGAUCUCUACCUAAAAUAAUUAUUGAAAAAUAGGUGCUUUCCUCAAAUAGUCAGAGCCUUCAGCAAGUGCCCCCCCCCCCCCCUCCCCUGAAAAGGUUCCUGGCUACGGGCCUGCUCCACAUGUUCUUUUGCUGCUGUCGAUAACAAGGUAAACUUGCAGGUGCAGCAGUAAUAUUGAUGCGUCUUUCCAGCUGAGUAUGGUUAUCUCAGAUCGCAGCAUCUCUGUAGGCCAAGUGCUUGCAGCCCAAUAUCAAUUCGUCUCGCGCUUCUCGAAUACAUCGAUAAAGUCCACUUUAAAUAACAACAACAACAACAAAUCAGUGGCACACUAGCUGCACCCGUGUCCUGUUUGUACGUGUGAGACCGACGUGAGCUGCGUCACUAACUGUACUGCUACGGGACUGAAGCUCACAAUCCUGCAUUUCCAUUGUAUCAGCACGGCAAAAGCAGCAAAAGAACGUUUCAGCGUAGCGUUGGUCCUAAGAGUCACUCCAAGUUGGUCGUUAUAUCAUUACCGCCCUAUGCCGGGUGCCACCUGUGCAUGUAUAGUGGGACCGGGCAGGGAGCAAGCAAGGAGAAGCUGGCAGCUUGCUGGUGGGGUAAGGUUAAGCGGUAAUCACCGUUAUGCCAGAGCUCUUUUCGAACUUUUGAAAAGCUGUAAGUGACGGCCAGAAGGUCCCCUCAGCACCGCGGCGCGCCGCUGUUGGACCGGUGUAUAAGGUGCGGUAGUCAUUGAGGAACAGUGCGUGGUUCGGUAACUGCGCGUCACGCAGGAGUUUGGUCGGAUAUCGAACGCUGGUUGCGGAGGCACCCUGUUCUUCUCCAGAGCAGUGUGUACAUGUCAGAUAGGAUUACGCGCGUAGUGGUCGUCGUCGUUCUUCGUCGUCGUCGUUGUAAGCAGCGCAGGAACGAGCAGCAGAGAUCGCGCAGCGGUGACUGGAAGCUGCUCGUUAUUUUUAGACUCGCCUGGGCGAGGAAGGAAGAAGCGUAUUAGGCGUCCGUUGCCCGUGCGUGCGUGCAUGUCCCGCCCGCCGUAUAGGCAGCUUUUUAUUUCCCGCUCCGCACUUCUCGAGCGGGUAUAUAAGGCGGAUAAUAAAACAAAACAAAAGCAAUGCCUUUGGUUCCGGCGUCAGGUGCAUGUAGGACGGCAGGAGAGAGAAAGCCCCCCCUCUGUAGGCGAGCGAGAAAACCGUGCAAGAGAGACUGGGCCUUUUCGAGACUAUUCUGUGUAAAUAUUUGAUACCCUUCAUCAGGAUCGCCCGGCAGCUCGAUACUUAUAUAAAUACCGCAUAUACAGACAAACGAGGUGCACAUAGCUGUAUACGCGACAUCAAGCGAGAAAGAAGGAAGAAGUGUGAAAAAAAGUAUAUAUAUAUAUAUAUAUAUACACUCACACACACGCCGCUGCAUCUACACCACAUCAAUGUCGCAUUCCAUUGUUCAUGCGGAAGGAAAAAAGAAUAUUACAACAAUGUAUUGACGUGAAGCCCUACCUUUGUUGGUUCUGUCAUAAUUCAUAGUGUCGUACCUCCUGACCACUUCGUUCCCUCCCUACCGCCCCCUCUCACUCCCCCCCCCCCCCUUUCCAUGUGUUGAUCCCGGUCCUAAUAGUGUAUAGUUCGUCACCGCGAGUGUGUAAACGUCUCUUGUUUUAUUGUUUCGUUUCUUGUUUCCCGCGCGAUGAGAUGGAGUCGUGUGACGCAAAAGCAUACUCAGAGAGCUGCGGUUGGUGCAAAGAGAAUACGGCCAAGUUGCAAGGUUGUGGUGGGGAAAAAAAAGGGGGGGGAUGGGGGUGGGAGGAGCAACCAUGGCAACGCUUUGAUCCGAAGUGGCACCCCGUUUUGUUUGUGUGCAAAAUGGAAACGCUGACGAAAGGACCUCCUAUCGAGACAAAAUUGUGAGCGGAAAAAAAAAUUGUCCGAUGCCUGUUAGUGUACUCAUGCGUGGGUGAUUUCAAGCAAAGCCGGGUCGUUCUCACCUUCUUGCUAUACCAGUGCAUUACUUGGAAGUCAUGAACUGUGUAUGAACUAAGCUGUCAUUAAAAUGUGGUUGAUGUCACGGACAA